AUGAACUCCACAAUUGAACAGGUUGCUUCUACUGCAGCUAAUAUCACUGGUAUAGAAGGCUUCAUUCCCACUUUAGAACGUCCUUUUUUCAAUAUCUACUUAUGGGAUGUUUUUAACAAAUAUGCCACCUUAAUCUCUGGCGGUAGAUUUAUUCCAAAUCAGUUUGAAUACAUUCCAGAAACAUUACCAUUGGGUAAUUUAAAACAAGUUUUAGCUGCCAUUGCAACAUACUAUUUGGUUAUUUUCGGUGGUAGAGAAGUCCUAAGAAAUGUUCAACCUUUGAAAUUGAACUUUCUUUUUCAACUGCAUAAUUUGUUUUUGACUUCAAUUUCACUUAUGUUAUUAAUAUUGAUGGUUGAACAAUUAGUCCCAAUUAUUUAUAAUAAUGGGUUAUUCUAUGCCAUUUGUAACAUUGGUGCUUGGACUCAACCUAUGGUUACUUUAUACUACUGUAACUAUAUUAUCAAAUUCAUUGAAUUCAUUGAUACCUUGUUUUUAGUUUUAAAGCACAAAAAAUUAACUUUCUUACACACUUAUCAUCAUGGUGCCACCGCUUUAUUAUGUUACACACAAUUGAUUGGUACUACUGCAAUCUCAUGGGUUCCAAUCACAUUGAACUUAGGUGUUCAUGUGUUAAUGUACUGGUACUACUUUUUAGCAGCUAGAGGUAUCAGAGUUUGGUGGAAAGAAUGGGUUACUAGAUUCCAAAUCAUUCAAUUCAUUUUGGAUAUUAGUUUUAUUUAUUUUGCUGUUUACCAAAAGAUCGUCCAUCUUUACUUCCCAUCACUACCAUACUGUGGUGACUGUGUCGGUUCUCCAACCGCCACCUUCUCUGGUUGUGGUAUCAUCUCUUCUUAUCUAGUAUUAUUCAUCGGGUUUUAUAUCGAUGUUUACAGACGUAAGGAUACUAAAAAGAGUAGAGUUGUGAAACGUGCCCGUGGUGGUGUUGCUGCAAAAGUAAAUGAGUAUGUUAGCGUUGAUAUAAGCAGUGUUCAAACUCCAUCUCCAUCUCCAUCUCCAAGUACAAGAACUAGAAGAAAGAACUAG